AUGUCCGGCUCAUUGAGCCAGUUUCAUUUACGCGAAACGUCCAAACUUCUCCAGAGAGAAACCGGAGAUCAGCUCACUACUAUCUCUUGUACUAUGUCUCAAGAGGACCUAUCUCUCCAAGCCCCAGUUGGCUUCUUCGGGAAAUUCAUGCAAUAUUCAAUCUUCUAG